AUGGCGUCUAAACGAGCAGGCGAGGCUGCCGCAGCCAUAGCGGGUCCACCGACAUUGCCGAGAGCGCAGAUCCCCGCCGAGCAUCUGCAGAUUCUGCUGCAAAGAUUCGAAUCGCUCCUGUCAUCCAUCGUGGGACUCAAGGAAGAGAUUGCCACGGUGCCUGGCAUGGAUGAGUGGCCCGCGCUGCUGCAUCGAUACACCAAUCUGCUUUCGCACGCCUACUCGCUGUCGUCAUCGCUCCUGUCGGCUUCGCCCCACUUUCUGCCGUCGCAAUUGGCUUCCUUCAACAAGGUGCUAGAAGCCGAGGCGGAGAAUGCCAAUUUGUACGCAGAUGCGUCCGAAUCGUCGACGCUCUUUGGAGGCAUCAUGCGAGGAGGUGGGAUGGCUGCUGAAGACGGUGUCAAGGCGACAGCAGAUGGGCUGCCGGAGCUCAGCUUUUACGACCGCAACAAUCCGCUGCCCCUUCUGCUAGCUCAUCCAGUCUUGCCCAUUCCGGACGAAAACAUCAACUUUCUCGGAGCUCUUCUCCGAACAGCGCCCGAGGCCGACAUCCUCAAGGAAGAAAGCGCCCUCAUCGAGAGCUACGAUGCGUCCACGCUUGACCAUCAUCAAGCCGAUGUCGGUGCUCAGCUAGACCGUAUUCAGGACGAUAUCUCGCAACAUGAUAAUCUGUCGUUACGAGCGUUGAGGAUAUGGUACCAUCUACGCAACGCUCCAGACGACGAGGGCAAUGUCCUCAACCUCCGCGAACGAUUGCCUGUCGCCGACGACGGCGAUGUCGAUGAAGACGAAGAAGACGGGUCAGACGAUGACACUGACGAUGAUGACGAGGAUGGCGCCGAGAUCAAGAGAUCACAGCUGGAGCAGAGGCAUCGACGUCGGAUGGAGCAGAGCUGUUGGAGUGCCGAUGAUGUCUCUGCUUUUCUGCGCGGCCACAGAGCUGUGCCAUAA